UGUAUUUUUCCGGUCUGGGGAACUCACUCAGUUUGAUGAGAAUCAGCGAAGAUGGUGCUGUCGAACAAGAAGCUGAAGCAGAGGAUUCGACAAGACUUGGUUCAAUCACUAUCUGCCUCCGUAUACGAGUCUCAGUCUCUGAAAGUGCUUCUUGAUUCAGCUAGCCACAAACCCAGAUUGUCAAAGAGAGAGAAACGAAGAAAUAGCGAAACUUGCGGCGCUAGAGAAGAAGACGACCAAGGAGUCAGAGAGAGUGACGUUGACAAUGGUGGGUCAAGCGAGAAAACUGAUACGAAGAUUAUUAUUAUAAAGAAGAGAAAGAGAGACGAUUCUGUGGAAGGCGAAUUAGAAGGAGAUCAAGUAACUAAGGAAGGGGAUAACCCCCAAAAGCAGAAGCAGAAGCAGAAGCAGAAAAAAAAGAAGAAGAAGAAGAGAAAGGUAAACAAAGCACCAAAGAAGGCUGAGGAAGAAGAAGACAAGGUUAAGAAGGUAGAAGAGAUUCAAGUUAAUAAUACUGACAACAAAGAAGAAGAAGUAGUAGAUGGGGGUGUUGUUCCUAACAAGUUAUAUGUUGGGGGUAUUCCUUAUCAGAGUACAGAAGAUGAGAUUCGUAGCUACUUCAGAAGCUCUGGAGUCAUCACUAAAGUUGACUGCAAGAUGCGUCCUGAGGAUGGUGCAUUCAGUGGUAUUGCCUUCAUCACUUUUGAAACUGAAGAUGGCGCAAAACGUGCUUUGGCUUUUGAUAGAGCUGCAAUGGGUGAUCGGUUUUUGACAAUCCAGCAAUACGUGAAAACAAGCACCCCUUCCAUUCCCAGAAGGAAAACAUCGUCUGGCUUCGCUCCAGAAAUGGUGGAUGGCUAUAACAGGGUUUACAUUGGGAAUUUAGCUUGGGACACAACAGAGCGUGACAUACGGAAACUCUUCUCUGACUGCGUAAUAACCUCAGUGCGGCUGGGCAAAAACAAAGAGACUGGGGACUUUAAAGGGUACGCGCAUGUGGAUUUCAAAGAUAGCGUGUCUGUGGCGAUUGCGCUGAAGCUUGAUCAGCAUGUUAUUUCCGGAAGACCUGUCAAGAUAUGCUGUGCCCUUAAAGAGAGACCAGCAGCAGUGGAAGAGACUUAUGCUGCUGCUCCUGAUGAUCUAGUACCGGCUAACGAAGUUGAUAACGGAAACUACUUUGCAACCACGGUUAGCAGCGGUAAAGUCAAAAGGAGGGUCUGUUAUGAGUGUGGAGAAAAGGGUCAUCUUUCUACAGCCUGUCCCAAAAAGCUACAAGAUGGUGCUGAUGAUCAGGCAAACUCAAAGCUGGGUCGUGAGGAGGCUGUCGAUGGGUAUGCUCUUCAAAAGACUAGUGGUGAUUCUUACUACUACAUGAAUGAGACUUAUGCUGCUACGAAUGAAGCUGAUAACGGAAGCGUUGUUGGUAAGGUGAAAAGAAGAAACUGUUACGAGUGCGGAGAAAAGGGUCAUCUUUCUACUGCUUGUCCAAAGAAGCUUCAAAACACAAACUCAAAGCUGGAUCACCAAGCAGGACCGAUUCAGGUAACAAGCAAUGGUGGUGGUACUUUCAUGGACGAAACAUAUGCUACAGAUCCGAUAUCCGUUGCUGCUGCGACAAAUGAAGCUGAUGAUGUAAACUUAACGUCCCCGGUUAGCACUGGUAAGAAGGUCAAAAGGAGAAACUGUUACGAGUGUGGAGAAAAAGGUCAUCUGUCUUCAGCUUGUCCUAAGAAGCUGCAAAAACAAGGCUGACCUGAUUGAUAAUGAUCCCCACCCCACAAGCUCUCUCUCUCUCUCUCUCUCUCUCUCUCUCUCUACAAAAACAUUGUAACAAACAAUAGUGUUAUAAAAUUUUGUUUUACAUUUCAAUUUUUUUUGUAAUGGGAAGGACGUGGACCACUUUUUUUGGUAGAAGAGUGGAGUUGUUUUUUUUUUGGUCCUCAUAAUGUUAGAGAAAUCAUAAAUUGUUUCUGUGUUGCUUUUA